AUGGCAACUGUCCAGGCAGUUAGAGAGCAAGAAAAAACAGUUAGUUGGUCAAGCAUUUUUCCUUCUCAACAAGUCACAGAACAGCAGUCAGCUCUAUUUGUGAAGAAGCUAUUAGCAGUUGCUGUAUCCAGCAUAACCUAUCUGAGAACAAUAUUCCCAGAACAUGCAUUUGGAGACAGAUGUUUAGAAGCUCAGGAUGAUUAUUAUUGGUGUGAGUAUCACAUAGUUUUAAAACAGUUUCUUGAAUUGAAAAUUAUUUAUGGUGAUGCUGAUAACCCUGAUACCGUCAUUGAAUCUUACACCUUUAAGGUAGGGUGUGACAACAUCACUUAUAGACAAUAGUUGCUCUUCAAUGUCUCUUGUUAGUUAGAUAUUGGUAAUUUGGUCUUUAUUUUCUUUUGUAGUUUUCUUAUAAUGCAAAUGAAGUCAGCAUCUUCAGGUAAAACUACUA